AUGACCCUGGAGAAGAUGGAUGCUGUGGAGGUGUUUGCGGCGGGAGAGAAAGGCCGCGGUCUCCGUGCCACAAAGGAGAUGAUUGCUGGUGAGGUGGUGUUUGCUGAGCCCAGCUUUGCUGCAGUGGUCUUUGACAGUUUGUCUCAACAGGUGUGUCACAGCUGUUUCCGCAGACAGGCGAACCUGCAUCGCUGCGCGCAGUGCAAGUUUGCCCACUACUGCAACCGCACCUGCCAGCGAGCUGCAUGGGAGGAGCACAAGCAAGAGUGUGCCGCCAUCAAGAAUUACGGCAAGGUCCCUAAUGAGAAUAUCCGCCUUACAGCUCGCACUCUGUGGAGAAUGCAGAAGGAUGGAGGGGUGGUGUCUGAUGGACAGCUGACCACCCUGGACCUGCUGGAGGACCAUUUGUCUGAUAUGUCCCCAGAAGAUCUCAAAGAGGUCAAAAUGAAUGUUCAUAACUUUCUGGAGUUCUGGCCACGCGGCAGCAGGCAGGUUGGGGUCGAGUACAUUUCACACAUCUUUGGCGUGAUCAACUGCAAUGGCUUUACGCUGAGUGACCAGAGGGGUCUCCAGGCUGUGGGAGUGGGUCUGUUCCCUAACCUGUGUCUGGUUAACCAUGACUGCUGGCCUAACUGUACAGUCAUCCUGAACCAUGGCAAUCAGACAUCUGUGAACUCUCUUUUUCACACUCACAGCAGGAUUGAGUUGCGUGCCCUGGGGAAGAUAUCGGAAGGCGAGGAGUUGACAGUCAGCUACGUUGAUUUCCUGAACGUUUCCAAGGACCGCCGGGAGUUGCUGAAGCAGCACUACUUCUUUGAGUGCUUAUGCAAACACUGCACCGAGGGUAUCAAGGAUGACCUCAUGACGGCAGUCAGAGAAACAGAUGGCAAAAAGCCAUCUCCUGAGCUGGUGAAGGAGGUAACAGAUUUCAGUCUGCAUUCUCUGGAGAAGAUGGAGCAGGCUCGCACCGAAGGCAACUACAAUGAGGUGGUGAGGCUGUGUCGUGAGUGCCUGGAGAAGCAGGAGCCUGUGUUGGCUGACACUCAUCUCUGCCUGCUACGUGUUCUGAGCACUGCCAGUGAGGUCCUGUCCUACAUGCAGUUCUUCCAGGAGGCCGCGGGCUGCGCUCGCCGCAUGGUCGAGGGCUACACACAGCUGUACCAUCACCACAAUGCCCAGCUGGGCAUGGCAACAAUGCGGGCAGGUGUGACCCACUGGCACGCUGGUCUCAUUGAGAUUGGCCAUACCAUGAUUUGUAAAGCCUAUGCCAUUCUCAUGAUCACCCAUGGGCCCUACCAUCCUAUCACAAAGGAUCUGGAGGCCAUGCGGAUGCAGACGGAGAUGGAGCUGCGCUUGUUUAAGCAGAAUGAAUAUGUUUACCACAGCAUGAGGGAGGCGGCCCUGCAUAACAAAGACAUGGGCACGGUGCCUGAACCACUGCAGAAAGAAAUCAAAGAAAUGCUUAAGAGCGAGUAA